ACUGUGCCGGUGUCCUAACGAGCUUGCAGCAUUAAUGAGAGUGGGCGCGGCAGAUAGACCCUGUUUUAAUGAUUUCACGUUGAAUCCGUGUUAGUUGACAACUCAACCAACAUGUAAUCUAAACUAGACUUUGAACUGUCCAAUAAUAAGUAGAUCACAUGUACCUUAUCUCUUACAUAAAGAAAGCAGAAAAUGUGUGCACCUCGCUCCUUUCCUACAAGGAUGACGUAACAGUGUGACGCAUAUCAGCACUUGAGUCGGACAGUGCGAUCAGAAAGCCUGCCAACCAGUUUACAGAAGAGACAUACGGUGAGAACAGUCUCAGAAGGCAAGCAAGUUAAAAGCUAGUAGCCUACGAAAAUCCUCGAAGUCGCGCAAACCUGAGGAAUAACGAUUUACAGGACUGGACCAAAACCCCCCUGAGACAACGAGUGAGAGAGAGUAAAAGAAAGAAGCAGUAGAGAGAGGACACCCUGUACUCUGUGUGUCCCGUGCUCCUGGAAGAAGUUUCCUGUAGGCCCCAGAUCCAGGAUCAGCUGCCCCUCCUCCAAUCUCAAUCUUAAUCUCAGGAGGGAAGCACACAACUGAACUGAAAUCAUCAUCUAGAGGAUAACUUCCUCCUAAUCCUGGCGUUUCCUGGCGACAGGUGUUUUUGAUCUACUUCCAGGAUUAGCGAGAGGAGCCACUGCUGAUAGGCUACCAUGCACCGCUUAAGGACUACGGUUGUUAGGUUAAGGCCUAUUGCGGCCCCCCAGACAGCCAAGAGCCAAUCACAGGCCAGGUUGGCAGCUGUGGGAGGGGCUUUGAGGACGUUUCAGCCAAUGAGGAGUUACACUGCGUCGGUGUCGGCUGAGCCUUUUCUGAAUGGGACUAGUUCUAAUUAUGUGGAAGAGAUGUACUACGCGUGGCUGGAGAACCCUAGGAGUGUACACAAGUCAUGGGAUAUUUUCUUCCGGAAUGCCAACGCGGGGGCGCCACCAGGCGCAGCCUAUCAGAGCCCUCCUCCUCUGGGUGGUGCUGCUCUGGGAUUGGCUAACGCCCAGGCGAUGGUCGGGGUGCAACCUAACGUGGAGAAGCUGGUGGAGGACCAUCUGGCUGUACAGUCGCUUGUACGAGCAUACCAGAUUCGGGGUCACCACGUGGCACAGCUGGACCCUCUGGGCAUCAUGGCUGCCAUCGACCCAGGCCCUCCCCCCUCUGACAUCAUCACCUCCAAUGACAAACUGGACCUCUCUGGGUAUAAAGAGCGCCUGUAUGAUCUUACUGCUGAAGAGUUCUAUGGUCUGGAUGAGUCCGACCUGGACAAGGUGUUCCGGCUUCCCACCACAACCUUUAUAGGGGGCAGCGAGAGCACUCUGCCCCUCCGAGAGAUCAUACAGCGCCUCGAGAUGGCGUACUGUCAGUCCAUUGGUGUAGAGUUCAUGUUCAUUAAUGACCUGGAGCAGUGCCAGUGGAUCAGACAGAAGUUUGAGAGGCCAGGCAUCAUGCAGUUCACCCUGGAGGAGAAGAGGACCCUGCUAGCCAGAAUGGUUCGAUCCACCAGGUUUGAGGAGUUCCUGCAGAGGAAAUGGUCAUCAGAGAAGCGUUUUGGCCUGGAGGGCUGUGAGUCUCUCAUCCCGGCCCUGAAGACCAUCAUCGACAAGUCCAGCAUGAACGGAGUGGAGAGCAUCAUCAUGGGCAUGCCUCACAGGGGGAGAUUGAAUGUGUUGGCUAAUGUGAUCCGUAAGGAGCUGGAUCAGAUCUUCUGUCAGUUUGACUCCAAGCUUGAGGCUGCUGAUGAGGGUUCUGGAGAUGUGAAGUACCACUUGGGGAUGUGGCACCGGAGGAUCAACCGGGUCACUGAUAGGAACAUCACACUGUCACUCAUGGCUAACCCUUCCCACCUGGAGGCUGUGGACCCCGUGGUGCAGGGCAAGACCAAGGCUGAGCAGUUCUACUGCGGGGACACAGAAGGCAACAGGGUAAUGUCCAUCCUGCUCCAUGGUGAUGCAGCGUUUGCAGGCCAGGGGGUUGUCUAUGAGACCUUCCACCUCUCUGACCUGCCCUCCUACACCACACAUGGCACUAUUCAUGUGGUGGUCAACAACCAGAUUGGUUUCACCACCGACCCCAGGGUGGCGAGGUCAUCCUCUUACCCUACAGAUGUGGCCAAGGUGGUCAACGCCCCCAUCUUCCAUGUCAACGCUGACGACCCCGAGGCUGUCAUGUACGUGUGUAAUGUCGCCGCCGAGUGGAGGGCAACCUUUCACAAGGACGUAGUCGUCGACCUGGUGUGUUACAGGCGUAACGGCCACAAUGAGAUGGACGAACCCAUGUUCACCCAGCCUCUGAUGUACAAGCAGAUCAAGAAGCAGAAAGGAGUCCUACAGAAAUACGCUGAGAAACUCAUAGCAGAGGGAGCUGUCACCAGACAGGAGUAUGAGGAGGAGAUUGCCAAGUAUGACAAGAUCUGCGAAGAGGCUCACGCUCGCUCCAAAGACGAGAAGAUUCUACACAUCAAACACUGGCUAGACUCACCCUGGCCCGGUUUCUUCAACAUGGAUGGCCAGCCCAAGAGUAUGACCAGUCCGUCUACAGGCCUGACUGAGGAGGAGCUGGGACACAUAGGACACAUUGCUUCAUCUGUCCCUGUGGAAGACUUCACUAUACAUGGAGGUCUGAGUCGUAUACUAAAGGGUCGUGCGGCGAUGGUGGGCCAGCGUGUGUGUGACUGGGCUCUAGGAGAGUACAUGGCCUUUGGCUCACUGCUCAAGGAGGGAACACACAUACGUCUCAGCGGACAGGACGUGGAGAGAGGAACCUUCAGUCACAGACACCAUGUUCUCCAUGACCAGAAUGUAGAUAAGAGGAUCUGUAUUCCCAUGAACCACAUCGCUCCUAACCAGGCUCCAUACACUGUCUGUAACAGCUCUCUGUCAGAGUACGGAGUAUUGGGUUUCGAACUGGGUUUUGCCAUGGCUAGUCCCAAUGCUCUGGUUCUGUGGGAGGCCCAGUUUGGGGACUUCCACAAUACAGCCCAGUGUAUCAUAGACCAGUUCAUCUGCCCAGGACAGGCCAAGUGGGUCAGACAGAACGGAAUAGUCCUACUGCUACCCCAUGGCAUGGAAGGAAUGGGUCCAGAGCACUCGUCGGCCCGACCAGAGAGGUUCCUGCAGAUGUGUAAUGAAGACCCGGAUGCAUACCCUAAAUUCUCUGCUGAGGAGUUUGCUGUGCGUCAGCUGUAUGACUGUAACUGGAUCAUAGUCAACUGCUCUACACCGGCUAACUACUUCCACGUCCUCCGCAGACAAAUACUACAGCCCUUCAGGAAGCCUCUGAUAGUCUUCACCCCCAAGUCUCUGCUGCGCCACCCUGACGCCAAGUCCAACUUUGACGACAUGCUGCCAGGUACCCACUUCCAGCGUCUGAUCCCAGACAGUGGUCCUGUGUGUGAGAAGCCAGAUGGGGUGAAGAGAAUUGUGUUCUGUACUGGGAAGGUCUACUAUGAACUGACCCGAGAACGCAAGAACAGAGGCAUGGAUAAUACUGUGGCCAUUGCACGCAUAGAGCAGCUCUCUCCCUUCCCGUUUGACCAGGUGAAGGUGGAGACAGAUCGUUAUCCCAACGCUGACCUGGUGUGGUGCCAGGAAGAGCACAAGAACCAGGGUUACUAUGACUACGUCAAACCCCGCCUCCGCACCACCGUUGACCGCACCCGGCCCGUUUGGUAUGCUGGUCGUGGGCCAGCAGCAGCUCCAGCUACAGGGAACAAAGCAGCUCACCUGGUGGAGUUACAACGCUUCCUAGAUACAGCUUUUAACCUGGACGCAUUCACUGGGCAGUCCUAACAUCCCUAUGACCCUAUACCCCUCAAUCUCAACUCUGGACCUCAAAGCCAGUUCCACUGCGUUUUUUCAUUGUCCCCUCUAAUCAGGGACUGAUUUAGACCUGGGACACCAGGUGGGUGCAAUUAAUUAUCUGGUAGAACAGAAAACCAGCAGGCUCCGGACCUCGUAGGGCAAGAGUUGAAUACCCCUGACCUAUACACCACACACUACCCUUACCUCACCUGCUGAAGUUACACUGCUUUUUAGUCAGGUUUUAACCUGGAUGUAUACACUUGAGUCUUAGUAGACUUAUACCCUAGACUCUAACCCCAACACCCUUAAUCCUACUCUUAUCCCUAAACCAGCAUACACUGGAUAGUCUUAACACACUUACCCUGAACCCUCAUUCAGUUUCUCUAUAGUAUUUAUAUAUCAAGACACACUAUGAACUAUCUGCUAUGAAAGACCUUAGAUACAAUGAUACGCACACUGACUGACCAUAGGUCCUCUUGCACUGUUGAGCAAUAGGGAAAUGUCCAUGCAGUUUGACAAUGGAUCCAUUUUAAGAGGAAUGUAUUCAACCAUACAAAUGCCCUCCAUUUUCCUCUCUCACUUUCUAUCUCUCACUACUCAUUCUCCAUCUUCUCCAUCCCUCUCUUCCUCUGUGUUUUAACCCUCUCAUGUAUUCUUCCCAUUCAUCAUCUCUUUCAUUCCCCUCUUAUUCUUUCUCUCUUCUUGACCACUCACCUCCUUCUCUUUUCUCCUCCUCCCUACUUUUCCCUCUCUUUCACCUCCUGUGCCAAAUGUAAACAAACUGUUGGGAGAUGAGAAAUCACUAUUAUAUUAUAUAAAAACAGUGUAUAAGCUUUGCUAGUAACUUAUGAAGAGACAAGGUAAAAAUGCCUACUGGUCUGGCGGGAAUCUCUUUCGGACUAAGUAAAGGAUUUAUUUAUUUUCGCAUAGUGUUCUGUUUGUUCUUUAAUCAUUUAUUCAUUCAAUAAAGACAUUGUUGGUGUCA